GGUUGAGGAAGGCCCCAUGGAUCUCCUCCUCCUCUGCCCUACUGCUGCUGUUGCUGCAACAAGUUUGGAGUUCCCGAUGCAUGCGGCCUGCCUGUCCCAGCCUUCUUUAUGCACUUACCAAUGGUGACCCCUUUUUGAACUAAUUCGUUGAAUAAAGAAUGAAAGAAAGGCUUGUCGGACAGAGAAUGAAUAGCGUGGAGUAUAGUAUAGACUGUAGAUAUAUAAAUACAUAUACUAUUAUAUACACAAGGAACAAGAAGAUAGGCCCCGCCUCUCCUGCUCUUCUCUCUCUCUCUAGUCUUGUUGCUUUCCUACUUUUCGUAUCCAUUUAACGGGUUCAAUUUCACAUCCCAAUAUUUGAAUUCUCGUCUGUCGUGGCAAAUGGGCGGGCUAGCUCCUGAACGGAGGGAAAGUAGCAGCCGGCAAGAUUGUGAAAUUGGAUUUGGGGCGCACGUUCGUCCUCGUCCAUUGGUGGUGGUGGUUGUUUAAAGAGGCCAAACAAUUCGGAUCUGUAGCAGCUACAGGAACAGCUGUCAGGCAGAGAUUGAGCAGACACUGUUGCUGCUUUGCUUCUGCCUGGGAACUGUUGAUUUUAAUAUUACUAACUAGUAUUAUUUAUUAGUCUGGGGCUUAUGAUGCGAAUGGAUGAAUGAAUGAAUAUAGAAUGGCAUUUUUGUUGUGUUGUGCAGCAGUGCAGAGCAGAGCAGAGCAGAACAGCAGAGGCCUAUCUAAUAAUAAUAUUGUGUGUGGGGCAAUGAAUCCAAAUUUAUGGAGAAUUGGGCAAAUACGUUGUCAGAAGCCUAAAAUGUCUCGAGGGAUAGAGACACACGUGAAUACAAAAAUGGCGUGGUGGGGGACGCCAUUUGGGACAGGGAUUUAGGGGUGGCGUGUAUCUCAAGCCCGCCAUCAACGCUCAACCCAUCCACAGCACCAGACACGACGUUAUUUACCAGACUGACUGAGAAGGAGAAGGAUUUGAAUCUCUGCUCGUUCAUACUUGGGGUUUUCGCUGCAACGAAGCUAAUUUCGAAAAAAGAAAAAAUGAAUGGGGGUGAGCAGCAAGGGGUGCAUUACGUAGACAAUGGCUACAGUUACCCAGUUUCUGAGGGUUUCAUGGGCUUUUUUGGUGGUGUCUCGGCGGUCCCUCCGCCGUAUGUGGACAUGGGGCCGAUGCUUGAUCAGGAAUCUGCUUAUUGGUCAAUGCAUAUGUCUUCGUACAAAUAUGCUUCUUCUGGUUUGGAGAGCAGUUCUUGUUAUGGUUUCUAUGAGGACAAUGAUCAUGAUUCAAGGAUGGAUUUGAACAGGGGAGCAUGGGAAUACCCUGAGAUGACAGCAACAGAAGAACAUAAUGCUCCAGAUGUAGAAUCUCAGCAAAAUAUAGUCUCCACUGCAAACUCUAUUCCAGAGGCAGAGGAGGAAGGAUUACCAAACGAUCAAGAUGCUGAAAAUCAUCAGAUAGCGUGGCAUGAUGAUGUUGAUCCCGACACUAUGACUUAUGAGGAACUGCUUGAUUUAGGUGAGGCAGUGGGAACCGAGAGUCGAGGACUUUCACAGGAGCUCAUUAAUCUACUUCCGACAUCAAAACACAAAUCUGGUGGGAUUUUCUCAAGGAGAAAAUAUGAAGACAGAUGCGUCAUCUGCCAAAUGCGAUACAAAAGAGGGGACCGGCAGAUCACUUUGCCGUGCAAGCAUGCAUACCAUAUUGACUGCGGCUCCAAGUGGUUGAGCAUCAACAAGACAUGUCCAGUUUGCAAUGCCGAGGUUUUUGCGGAUGAAUCAACGCAUUGAUAAUACGAACAAAUUGAAGUCAUGCUAUGAAGGGGUUGCUUUAUUUACAUUCCUCUCUCCCUCUCCAUCUCUCUACUGCUCUUCGUUUUGUGUUACUGUAAGAUAUCUAUUAGGUAUAAUGUGUGACAUCUAAUUUUAGUGUUCUCUAAAUUCUUGGAAACUUCCUUCAAUUGAAUCUGUUCAUUCUCCAUAUUCUUGUUUGUUUAAAUUCCCAGCCCUAUUGUUCUCUU